UUAAUUGGUUUUCUUUUAAAGAUCGUGCUGCAUUCACGUGAAUUAAAAUGGACAAGCCAUCAACAAGUAAAACCGUUAAAACAUGCAGAAUGUGCUUGAGCGAAAACAGACGAAAAGAAUAUUUGUGUAUCAAUGAUAGUAGCUGCAAGGAACUUAAAAUCAAAUUUGAGAAGUGCUUCCGAGUUGUUAUCCAUAAAGCUCCCCAGAAUUUGACAUUUCUAUGCUCUGAAUGUGCUGUAUCCCUGGAUACAUUCUUUAAGCUGCAAAAGAAAGCACGACGGAACGACAAAGUUUAUUUCGAUAGAUUGAGAAAGAACUUUAAAUGUGAUUUAUGUAGCUACAAAUCAUUUCAAAAAAAUCGUAUUCGAAAACAUAUUGAACAACAUCAUUUAAAGAUUAAUUUCUUUGAGUGUGGUUUCUGUUCUAAGAAGUUUGGUGCUAAUUACGAUUUAAAAAUCCAUAUCCAACGCAUGCAUAAUGGUAAGUUUUAGAUGCUAUGAACUUUUAUUGCAAGCUUUGUUCAAAAGAAUUCAAGAUAAUGAGCCAUCUACAACAACAUAUGAAAACCUAUCAUGCUUAAAUUUACCACCAAAAUAUGUCAUUAAGUAUCUAAAUAAAUCACUUCUUCAAUUUCUU